AUGCGCCUCCCCACAACCAUCCCCCUCCUCCUGGCCCUCGCGACAACCAUCACCGCCGCCUCCACCGCCGAAUCCAUCGCCAACCAGCUCCCCGCCUGCGCCAAAACAUGCCUCGCCGAGGUAGCCUCGACGGCGGGCUGCGAUUCCGCCGACUACGAGUGUCAGUGUAACAAGGUACCCGAUUUGGAUGGAGCGGCGGCGGAUUGUUUUGCCGUGGGGUGUGACUCGAGCGAGAUUGGGAUGGUCACCGUCAUCGCCGCUUCCAUCUGCGAAGCCGUCCGCCGCAUAAACGUAGCCACGAGGACCGCGCCCCUUCAGCCUGCUGGCGCUACUACCACCCCUCCCUCGGGUAACGAUAAGCAUGAGACGGAACAACAGGCGGGGACGGUGACGACGGGGCAGAAUGCGGAGAAGGAAAAUGGGGCGGCGGUUGGGGUGGCGGGUCUGACUUGGGUUGGCGGUGUUGCUGUUUUGGCGGCUAUGGUCUUGUAA